UGUACCUUCGAAGUUCUGAGCAGUGCUGAGAUGCCACGUGGAAAGGGUUUCCGUCGCUCCCAGGCAGCCAAGAAGAGGAAUGCUGAGCGUCACACGCUCAGCUCCUUCAUAGACUUGGUAGAGGAUAUCUGUCCUCUACCAAAAAAGGCACCUACUGAAAACUCUGAUGCAAAUACUUGUGAAAAUUCCCCUGAGAAAACUUGUGAAAAUUCCCCUGAGAAAACUUGUGAAAAUUCCCCUGAGAAAACUUGUGAAAAUUCCCCUGAGAAAACUUGUGAAAAUUACCCUGAGAAAACUUGUGAAAAUUCCUCUGAGAAAAAUUGUGAAAAUUCCUAUGAUGCAAAUACUUGUCCAAAUUACUGCCGUAAGGCUCCCAAAACUUGUGAAAAUUCCUCUGAUGCAAAUUACUGCCGUAAGGCUCCCAAAACUUGUGAAAAUUCCUCUGAGAAAACUUCUAAGAAACGCUGGAGUGAUGUUACUAGAGCUUCACUUGUGACCAACUCUGAUUAUUUCCCUCAGAAAGUCGUGCGUGGUUCCUUCCAUCAGGGUGAUGCUCGGUUUGGCUGGAACAGAAACCGUCAGUGUGCAGUGAACAGUAUGACAGCAGUCAUGGUGAGUGUGCUGAAGGAUGUGCUGACGUGGACAACAGAGGACCUGAAUGCUGUGCUGUUCCAUGGAGAUGAGCUGUACACAUCAAUGCGACUGCAGGGGCAGAUCAACGAUCGAACAGGGCUGGGUCAUAUUUCUGUUGCAGAACUGCCACGACUACACACACUUGAUAACACAACAUUUUUAAUAAAGCAUGGAGAAUCUUUCUCAGGUGUUUUUGGUGUUGAUUUUUAUGAUGAAUCAUUGCGAGAUGUGUCCAUGACUAUAGAAGAAGCUCUACAGAGGGCUCUGCUUCAGUGUGGUGCAUGUUUGUUAAACAUUAAACAGUACAUCUGUGCAGUGAUAAAGGCAGGGUCAACAUUUGCUGUAGUCGAUCCCCAUUCACGUAACCGUAAAGGUAUGCCUGAAGGUAAUGGAAGAAGCAUUGUAGUCUAUUGUGAUGACAUAUACAUGUUGUUUAAUCAUGUUACUAAUCUUGCCAUGUCACUGAAUGCCCAGGGAACAGAUUUUGAAGUGACGUCUGUGAAAGCAACGGUAAUUGGUAAGACCACAACUAUUGAGACAAGUUCUGAGUCUGAUCAAGAAGCCAGUGUCAGUCAUGUUUCACCCAGAAGCACAGUGGAGGAUCGCGAGUGUGUGCGAGAACAUGGUGAACAAAAAGAGAAAGUAGGUGUCGCGCAUGAUUUAGCUACAAACACAGCGGAGCACAGUAAGUGUAUCAAAGACCACGGUAAACGCAGACGUGGAGACAAGCAAGCAAGUGCGUACAAACUGGAUCAGACAUACUUGGAUUCAAGUAAGAAAAAGAGACGAGUGCAAACUGAGUCAAAACUUGCAAAUGUUAGCACGUUGAAUGAUGUCAUUAUUGCAGACCCAGUGAAUACCGAGUUGAGUUUAAACUCUGCAGAUCAGGAAGCGAAUUUAUCAUUGGAUGAUGUCAUCAUCAUCGGAGAUACAGUGAAUGCUGAAUUCAGUUUCAAACCAUUAAAUAAAGCAGAUAAGGACGCUCUGUGUGCACGUUUACGACUGACUAAUGAAAGCGUUGGUGUUCUAGAUACACAUUCUUCUUCUUUAGGAGUACCGUGCAAAACAAAGUGUAUUAAAGGAGAUGAAGCAUGUAAUACUGAAGUGGAUGAUCAGAGCAAAAGUCGCAAUUUGCGAAAAAGAAAAUUAGAUGACACUGCAGACUAUUCUAAGAGUAAAAGACAACGGGACCGAUACCACACCGACUCCGACUUCAGACAGAAAAAAAUAGGCAGCUUAAGAUCAAAAUACUGUGAAGACAGUCAUUACAGGAAUAAAAAGAUUGAGAACAUUAGAAAGAAAUACUGUGAAGAUAGUGAUUUUAAGCAGAAAAAACUUGAUAAUCUUCGAGAUAAAUAUAAGAAAAAUACUAAUGUACAGCAGUCAAAACGUGAAAAAUCAAAGAAUAAAUAUCGCAAAAACCCAACCUUUAAAGCAAAUGUAUGUGAAUAUUCAAAGAAUAAAUAUAAAAAAAACCCCACCUUUAAAGCAAGUGUACGUGAAUACUCUAAAACGAAAUACCACGGCAAUGCAAACUUUCGAAUGAGUGUCAUACAAAAAAGAUCUGAAAUUUCUGCAAAACAGAGGGAAAGACAGAAAGAUAUCGAUUUCACUAUUAAUCAGUUCCAUCAAGAAGUCAGUACAGGUCCAGAAUUUGUUUGCUCUGUUUGUCAUCGUUUGUUGUUUAGAAAACAGGUUAUUGAAUGUAAAAGGGAUUGCUAUAAAAUCAGAGGUCAACAAAUCACAGAUUUGGCUGAAAGAUGCAUCACAGAAAAGUAUUUACACACAUGCAAUAAUGAAUGUGAGAAUAGAUGCCAUUUAUCAGGUAAUGAAGCUCGUAAAUUGUGGAUUUGCUACACAUGCCAUCGUAAAAUUCUUGGUGGAAAAUUGCCUGAAGAGAGUGCCGCAAACAACAUGCAUUUGGUGGACAUUCCCAAAGAGCUAAAAGGUCUAAACUCAUUGGAGGAACAUCUUAUCGCACGCAAUAUUCCUUUUAUGAAGCUGCUUUGUCUUCCUCGUGGAAAUCAGAAAGGCUGCCACGGCCCGGUUGUCUCGGUCCCUGUUAAUAUCGCAGAUGUCUCAAAUAUUCUUCCACGUAAUGAAUGUGAUGACCACAUGAUAAGAAUAAAACUGAAACGAAAAUUAACGUAUAAGGGCCACUAUGAAUAUAAAUGUGUCAGCACUGAUCGUGUCAGACAUGCGCUGUCUUAUUUGGUGAGACAUAAUAAGUGGUAUAAUGAUGUGGAGUUUAAUGAGCAGUGGGUAAACUCUUUAAAUGCAGACGAUGAAGUAGAGAAUGAGGCUGAUGAUUUUGAAAUGGAGAAACAAGAUUUAACAGAUAAAAAUGAAGAUGAGGAAGAAGCUGCAGAUGAUCCAGAGGAAGAUAUAACAUAUAUUAAAGAACAAAGUGGUCUUUUGUCAGACACAUCACUGCAACCUGUUGACAUUGGUUCAGAAAUAAUUGAUCAACAUUUUCAAGAUGUACUAAACGUAGCUCCAGCUGAAGGUAACAGUCCUGUUAGGCUGCUGUCUGAUAAAUCCAAUGAGGCAAAGUGUUUCCCUGUUCUCUAUCCUACUGGUGGUCCGACAUUUCACGAUGAAAGACAGGAAAAAAUCACAUUGACACGAUACUUAAAAGCAAGAAUACUAAAUGCAGAUGGACGUUUUGCACAGAGCACAGACUUUCUUUUUUAUGCACAAUAUAUAUCAGAAGUUGAUCAAAUUAUAUCAAAUGUCUCAAUUGCACUGAGGAAAGGUUCAGAGAAAAACUGUCUAAAGAUCACACCAGAUAUGCUAACAAACUCAGACUCUUUGCAAAGAAUACUCAAUUAUGAUGAAGGAUAUAAGUUCUUAAGACCAGUAAGAGGGACGCCUCCCUAUUGGAUGUCUACGCAAAAAGAUCUGUUUGCUCUUAUUAGACAACUAGGCAUACCGACAUUUUUUGCAUCUUUCAGUUCUGCUGAUAUGAGAUGGCCUGAAAUGCUCAACACCAUCAUUAAACAAGAGGGUAAACAAAUAAAUGUUGAUGAGCUCGACUGGUCUGAAAAAUGUGGACUCAUAAGACGAAAUCCUGUCACUGCUGCAAGGAUGUUUGAUCACAGAUGGCAUUGUUUUCUAAAAGAUGUCAUAAUGUCACCAGCCAAGCCUAUUGGCAAGAUAAAAGACUACUUUUAUCGUGUUGAAUUCCAACAACGUGGUUCUCCUCAUGUUCACUGUCUGUUUUGGGUGGAAGAUGCUCCGAAGCUCAAUGAUCAUGAUGCAGACAAUGAUGCUCUGGUUGCUGACUUUAUUGACACCUACAUCACUUGUGAGACACCACCAGAAAAUGACACUGUACUUUAUGAGACAGUGAACAGUGUCCAGAAGCACAGUACAAGACAUUCAAAAACAUGUCGUAAGAAAAAUACAGUUUGUAGAUUUAAUUUUCCAAGACCGCCAUCUAGUCGGACCUUCAUUACAAGAGAAAGAAAUGCAGAUGACUCGAAAGGCAAGGGUGAAGAUACCACAGCCAGUGAAAUUAUAAAGAAAGUCAAAGCUGCUUUAAAUUCUGAUGUGAAUUUUGAUUCUGUUGAUGCCUUUUUUUCAUCUAUUGGGAUUAAUCAAACUAUGUUUGAAAAAGCAUACAAUGAAUGUUCCAAAAAGAAAAGCAUUGUCUUGAAAAGAAACCCAAAAGAUGUUUGGGUAAAUCAAUACAACAGAGAUUUGCUGCGUGCUUGGCAAGGAAAUAUGGACAUUCAGUAUGUCACAGAUGCCUUUUCUGUAGUGGUCUAUAUACUUAGUUAUAUCACAAAAGCAGAACAAGAAAUGGGACUUCUGCUUCAGCGUGCACAAAAUGAAGCAAUGAAUGGAAAUCUUGAAGCUAAAGCAUCAUUAAAACAGUUGGGAAGCAUGUAUCUGCACAACAGAGAAAUUUCUGCUCAAGAGGCGGUGUACAGGCUGACAGGCAUGCAUUUGAAGGAAUGUUCCCGCAAAGUACAGUUUAUUCCAAUAGGACAAAAUCCUGUAAAGAUGAGUUUGCCUUUGCAUGUGCUUCAAAAUAAAGUGGAAAAUGACCAGUGUGAUGAUGAAAGCAAUUUUUGGAUGACAAGUAUCACUGACAGAUAUAAGAACAGACCAGAGAAAGAACCACUAGAAAAUCUAUGUCUCGCCAGUUUUUGUUCUGAGUACAGAGUUCUGGCAAAAUCAGAGGUUUCCUCACAAAACAAAACAGCAGAAAAUGAAAUAAUUAAACUGAAUAACAACAAUGGCCAUGUAAAACGGAGGACAAGAACUGAACCUGCAGUAGUAAGAUAUCCUAGGUUUUCUCCCACAAAAGAUCCAGAAAAAUAUUAUCAUUCAUUGUUGCAGCUUUUCUUACCACAUUAUGAUGAGUCUGAUCUGAAGCCUAGCAAGUAUAACACUUAUGAAGAGUUUUACAACAGUGGUGUCAUAAAAAUUGGUUGUGAACUGAAUCAAGUGAAAUCAGUUGUUGAUGGCAACAGAGCAUUAUUUGAAAAGGAAAGUGACAAAAUAGAUGAAGCUAAACAGCUUUUGGAGCAAAAUCUUGAUUUAGAAGAUGCCUGGGCUGAGAUAUGUCCUGAAACUGAGAAACAGCGUGAUGAAUGCAUAGACCUGAUGAAGGACAAACUACUGCUUGAUGAAGAUGACAGUCAAGAACUUAUUCCAGAUCUUACAGCAAACCCUCAAACUGUGUGCACCAUUGAAACGAAUCACACUACAAUGCCUAGAGAUGAGGCGUUGCAUUUACUAAGGUCGUUAAACGAGGAACAAUCUGCUGUGUUCUACAAAGUGCAGAAGUGGUGUCUACAGAAAGUACUUGGACAAAAUCCUGAACCAUUUCGAUUAUUUCUUACUGGUGGAGCAGGCACUGGAAAAAGUCAUCUAAUUAAAGCAAUACAAUAUGAAUCUACUAGACUGUUGUCUCAGCUUUCUGAGAAUCCUGAUGAUAUUACAGUACUUUUGACCGCAUCGACGGGUGUUGCCAGCUUUGGAAUCGGAGGCGGAACUGUUCAUAAUAAUUUUGCAAUUGGUGCAAAUGUCAGACUGCCAUAUCAACCUCUUAGCGAUAAUAAAAUAAACUCAUUACGUACAAAAUUGGGUUCGUUGCAUAUUUUGAUUAUUGAUGAAGUGUCUAUGGUUGACCAUCGUCUUUUGUCAUACAUUCAUGGAAGACUACGACAGAUAAAACAAACUGGUGACUACUCUCUCUUUGGAAAAGUCAGUAUUCUUUGUGUUGGGGAUUUCUAUCAACUUCCUCCAGUAAAAGGAACUGCUCUGUAUGCUGAUACAAAAGGAGUGAACCUCUGGGAGAAUAACUUUCAAGUUGCAGAAUUAACUAAAGUUGUUAGACAACAAGAUCCGAGUUUUGCUGAAAUGUUAAAUCGACUGAGAGUACACAAGAAAGGGGAAUCCCUUUUGUCUAAUGACAUUGCUAUGUUGAAAAAAUGUGAAACAGGGAAGAAGUGUAAUGAUAUUCACAUAUUUGCUACAAAUGCUGAAGUUGAUAAAUAUAACAUCGAAAGACUACAUGAAUGUUGCCCAGAGGCAAUCAGUAUACAUGCUCAAGAUUAUGUCAAAAACUCAAAAACUGGACGAAUGGAACGUAAAGUUGGAUUUCAUAGUAAAGUUUUCAACUCGUGUUUGUCUAAAUCUGUUUCGCUGGGUAUUGGAGCAAGGGUUAUGUUAAAAAAAAAUAUUGAUGUUGCUGAUGGUCUUGUCAAUGGAGCGUUUGGUACAGUUGUCCACGUAAGUGAAAGUCAAAAUGAUAAUGAUGAUUUCCCAUCAGCUAUACAUGUGGAGUUUGAUAAUGCAAACGUUGGUAAAACUCAAAGAUCUAAAACAAGAAAGAGAUUUUCCCAAAAUUCAACAGUUAUUGAAGUACAAGAAGACCAUGUCACAAACGAUGGUGGUAUAAGACGUCAGUUUCCUCUCAGAUUGGCUUGGGCAUGUACAGUUCACAAAGUGCAAGGACUCACAGUAGACAGAGCAGUUGUGUCACUUAAGAAAAUCUUUACAGCAGGGCAGGCAUAUGUUGCUUUGAGCCGAGUAAGAUCUCUUAGUGGAUUAAUCAUUGAGGACUUUAAAGAGUCUGCUAUAUUUUGUAAUGACAAAAUUGAGUUGGCUAUGAAAGAUAUGACAAAAUUUCUGUUGGAAAAGGACAGUUCCACUGAGUCCCAUGGUACAUUCAGAAUAGCACUGCUUAAUGUACAAAGUCUGAAAGCUCACUUUCAAGAUGUUCUUGCGCAUACAGUUCUGAUGAACACUGACUGUAUUUGUUUGACAGAAACAUGGCUAAAUGCUGACGAGAAAGCACAGGAACCACAAAUACCAGAAUUUGUGUUCAAGCACAACCCAAGAGCUAAGUGUUAUGACAACAGAAAUACUCAUUUCACUGUUGUAAUCAAAGUCAUGUAUGAGGAUAUGUGUGUGAAGAUUCCGCCUGCCACUGGGGGAGGGGGUGGGCAGGGAGGCAAGACAUAA